UAAAGAAAAUCAUUUACUUUUACUUAUCAGUAAUAGAAUUAAUUAUCUUUAAUCAGAGAUUUAGGUGCUCAUAUUGAUGGAUUCAUUGCUGUGGUUGCACACACGAUAGUUGUUGGAGCCUCAAAGGACAAUAAAAUUAAAGGUCGCAAAGCAGAUGUAAUACAUGCGGCUCAUUAUGCUGCUGAAGCAGCUCUGAGACUUGUCAAGCCUGGAAAUGAUAACAACUCUGUGACUGAUACAAUACAGAAAGUGGCAGAGUCUUUUAAAUGCAAACCUGUUGAAGGUAUGCUUUCACAUCAAUUAAAACAGUUUAGGAUAGAUGGUGAAAAAUCAAUAAUUCAAAAUCCAACAGAAGCUCAAAGGAAAGAGCAUGAAAAGUGUGAAUUUGAGUUGCAUGAAGUUUAUGCUAUUGAUGUUCUUGUAAGCACUGGGGAAGGAAAGGGUCGAGAGAUGGAUACAAGGACAACAGUAUUUAAAAAAACAGAUGAAGUGUAUCAGCUUAAAAUGAAAGCAUCAAGAGCUUUCUUCAGUGAGGUGGACAAACGGUUUGGAAAUAUGCCUUUUACUUUAAGGUCCUUUGAAGAUGAAAAGAAAGCUAGGAUGGGUGUAGUAGAAUGUGUAAAUCAUAAACUUGUAGAGCCAUUCACUGUAUUAUAUGAAAAAGAAGGUGAACAUGUUGCACAGUUUAAAUUUACAGUGCUGCUAAUGCCAUCAGGAUCUCAUAAAAUUACUUCUGGUCCAAUUGAUUUAGAUUUAUAUGAAACAGAAUUAGUAGUUGAUGAUGAUUCUCUGAAAGCUCUGCUUAACAGAUCAGUUGUGCCCAAAUCGCAGAGGAAAAAGAAGAAGCGAGCAGAGAAGGCAAUUGCAAACUCCCUUGAGAAGGAUGUUAAAAUUACAGAUGAAAAUCCUUCAGCUGAGUCUGUAAAAGUACAGGAAUGAAAAGAAGUUAGAAUGAAAAAGGAGGGAGAUUGUGCUUGAGCUUGUUUCAUAGUUCCUGGAUAUAAAAGCGGCACCAACUUUCAUGGGAUACAAGCUAUUUGUGUACAGAAACAAAAGUUCAUAUUUCCAUAAAUAAUACUCUUCACAUACAGUUAAGAUUUAGCUGAAUGUAUGAUUCAUUGAUGGUAUUUUUGUAUUGUUUUUAUGAAUUUAAUAUAAAACUUGUAUCAUAAAACUUAUAUGACAAUUGUUAUAAAAAUGCAUUUUUUCCUUAAAUUUGAAUGGUGACAAAUAUUUAUAAAAUAUUGACUCAUGUUUUAUCUAAGGGGAGAAAAUGAUUGCAUUGGUGUCAGCUUUACCUAGGAGCAGUGUUGAAUGUAAUAAAACACCUUUUUCCACUUA